CCGAAGAGCCAAUAAUACUCCUAAAUAUGACCAAGGGACGGAGGUAAAUCUCUAUAUAAAAUGAACAUAUCAACGGUUCAGGCGAAGGGAGGGGGAGGAGACUAAGUAAAAUUUGCUCUUCCAAUUACUCCACUUUGACGGCUUGUCAAGCGUCAUCAUGUAUUCCGGGUGCGUGGUCAAUGUAUACCACGCCCUCCAGCCGCCUGGGGCACGGCUAAGGUAAUGCAUAUGUGCAAACGCCUCCCAGCUAGGCGUUACGCUCUGCAUCUCGCAGGCGGCAAUAUACCCUAAAAUGUUCACCCAAGAAUUGGGUGUUAACUGCUAGACGCCCAAAUCAUAGCCUCUCAAUAUAGCUCUGAUGGCAUCGUGGAGAGGGAACCGGAGGCCGGCUUUAAACGCCGCCUCAUAACAGCCGAAAUAGUUGUCGUCGUGAUCAAUGUCGUCAUCCCAGACGACGGUUGCCUCUGCAGGCGGUACUAAUACAUCCCACCUAUCACCAACCGGGCACUUCUUAAUAAAAGAGGGGAAGGUGGCAUUUAGGGUAACUAUGCCUAUUGCGGACAUGCUCAUUUCAGUGGGAUUAUUGAUGGCCCGGGCCAUUUGUACGCCUCCUCCUCCCCCCGGAAGGCAUCUGGUUCUAAUGAUGUUGAUUCCCCUGAGUCCGACUAGUAGACGGUCUCAUCACCGCCUAACUCCUCAGACUCCUCCAAUAUGUCAUCACUUGGAGUGCUGGGAGCGCCCAGAGGUCGUUAUACUCUAUGUCAGCCGGCGCUUCAGUUGAGCCGUCUGAUCUGUAGUCGAGGUCAACAGCCGUCCGCUUCGUCCGAGCCAUCCUGUCCUGCACAUGCACAGAGACGGUCGGAUUCGUGGAAGAGAAAGGGUGGUCCAAACACCCCCAGACGGCAUCCCCAGUCCUAGACUCAGCCGUAUCAGGGGACCAGCUGACAACUGUCCUAGGCCAUGGCGUGUGUGUGUUGGGUAAGUCUAUUAUUCUUUACAAAGCAUACAACCGGAAAAGCUCAAAAGAGUUGCAAGGGGUAAAGACGGUACCUUGUAGAAGCUAUAGAAGUGGAGAAGGUUGACUAGCUGAAUCAGCAGCCGGAAAUCCAAUUGUUGCUUGCUAGGUACCCAGACGGUUGCCCGGAUGUACCCCCUUUGAAAGCAAUUAAAAAUUGUUAAUGAAUCCCAGGCGUGUCUCUGCAAUCUUGCUUGAUGAUCCCCCAGACGGUAGACCGGAUGAGGGUGUAUUGAAAGCAGAGGGAAACAAUUAAAGUAUGCUUAGACGGUGCUAAUAAGUAUUGAGUAAUGGGUACCCAAGCGAUAGCGGUUUGAGUGAAGAGGGGGCAGGCGGUUAUGAAAGAAAUGGCAGUCGGUCUCAGAGCUCUUUUUCCCCUUUCUCAGAAAAUUUCUCAAAGUAUAAAAUGGGGAAAAUGAGGGGGGUGGACUUCUACUUAUAGAGGAAAUCCCCCAGAAGGCGAAUUGUCACUUCCCAAAAACAAAAAAAAAACAAAAAAAAAGAGAGAAAGAAAGAGAAAAGGAGGCGAAUCGUCGCCUUCUCAGAUUGUGAUACCUGUCACAUGUGCCACGUGGCAAGCCACGUCACACCUGUGAGGGGCAAAUGUUUAGGGUAAAAAUACCCAGUCCACGUGGACCAAUCGCAUGCUGACACGUGUCAGCCUCAGAGAGGUUCUGAAAGAAUCAAUCCUCUGAUGACACAUGGCAGUCCAAGCCAUGAAAGGGGAGUUGAUCCUCAAACCCAUUUAUUGCACAUUCAGAAAUAUCCACACAAAUUUGAGGAAUAUUAAUUGCAGAUACUCUCUUGGAAUCCAAGAGAAAACUCUCUACAUUUCGCACUUUAAACUCCGUUCGGAUUCAUACUGACUUGAUCGUCGGAGGCGAAACUCCACCCCAACCAGAGCUUCCGUGAUUUUGCAUGUAUAGACGGUCGACAUCCAUUCUCGGAAUUGUAACUCUCCCGAGGGACUCCAUAAACCCCGAAACAAUCUACACAUAUUUUCGAAGCUUUAUUAAAUGUCAUUACUCAUUUUGAGAAAAUACUAGUGUAUCAUCUUGAUAUGGCAAUCUUGUAUAUAAACAAUAAAAAAUGUGCAGCAUUUAUUGUGGAACCGCUAAUUGUAUUAGCGAUUCCAUCAUGAACAAUGCACAUUUUUUAUAAAAUAAACCCGUUAAUGAUGCUAGGAUUGCUAGCGAAUCUACCAUAAAUAGUGCAAAUUUUUAGCAUAUUUUUACAAAUCUGUCAUUUAAUAAACAUGCCAUGUUUAUCAAAAAGAUCAACUAGAACGCCUCAUUUUUAAUCCCAUAAAAAAUGAAAAAAAUAGUUGUACUACAAGCGGGGUUACUGGAAAGGAAAAGAUGGAAAUGAGCCGAGACUAUAUCAAUCGAAGCUAGACAUGGUUUUACUAGAAUUUGCCGUAAUAGUAAUACAGUCUGGUGACUAGGCUCACUGCCACUUACUACUUGACUAGUAUAGCAGAUAAAGAUCUAUCCAAAAAAAAUCAAGUUCAACACAACUUAAGCAAACCACCCGAUUCUCUUUACUCUGCCAUUGAUUAUCAACUAACUACACUCUACAUAGUUGCAGAAUGGAGACUCUUUCCAGGAAGUUGCCCAGUUUUUUACGAACAUCUUCUUUUUUGCCAGAAAUUCAAUUGCAAAUUCAAAUCAAAGUAGCAGUAUAUUGUUUCCCAAAUCAUCUUCACUCAGAAAUCCCACUGUUUCUGUCCUUAAAUCCCUUUCUCAAGCAAGUAAACGUGCUGAUGAAGAUGUUUUGCGAGAAUUUUUCAGGGAAAGACAGUUGAAGGGAGAUAUUAUAACAAAAUACUCUGAUAGAUUUUUUCAGAAAGAGGUAAUGAGAGUCAUUGAUGAUGAAACUGCUGAUGUAGAUUAUAGCUCUCAACCAAAUCCAGAGGAAUUACAGGACAGUAGGGAAAGAAGAAGGAGGCUCAACUUUCUAAAUUAUGAAGCUCUUAAGAGGGAAUUGCAGUUCAUGACUCUGGGGAUUGGAGCCGCCUGUACUGGGUAUUGCUUAUUCAUAUUCUCAAUCCAGGCAGCAGUGAGUUAUGCUUCAGGAGUUGGAUUUAGUUUCUUGUAUCUGCAACUGUUGUACCAGCAUGCGGACAACAUAUCACAGGAUUCAGUUCCACAAAUUUUCCGGCAAAAGAAAACAAAGAAAAUUGGAAUACGAAGUGAGGAUCUGAAAGAUUCACUAGAAAAAUCAGUCAAGGGAAGUGGGAUUGCUCUUUCGUCUCCGAGACUUGUAAUUAGGGGUGUCCGUUCGGUUUUCGGUUUGGAUUUAGUCCAAAUCCGAUCCAAUCCGAAAUAUAAUUCGGUUUUCAAUUUUCCAAUCCGA